AGAAGUUGUCUUCCCACAGCGUUCUUCGAUUCGUUGGUGAAAGAGGCGUCAUGGAAGACCUUCAAGGCAUCAUCGCACGGUGGGCCCCACGGGAAAUGCACCACUUCUUCCUCACGCACACUCCCGCAACCUCAUGCGCAUUGAGCGGCUCUAUUGUGCUUCGGGGGUGCCCAUCGUCUCAUGGGGGUCACGCGUUUCACGAUGCAUGACACUGUGGACGGUCUCUUCCUGUGGUUGCGUGCCAUGUGCAUUCUCUCAGUCGCCCCAAAAAUGAGGCCUGCUUCUGCUUGUGUGCUUCGCAGGUGCUGCCGUCUUGGGUGUGGCGACCUUGUUGUGGUCCGGUCCACACCCCAAGACGCCACCGCAGUGGAGCGUCUCGUCGAGAAGACAAUCAACAAGCACAUCGCCACGUUCGACAAAGCGACCCAGCCCUUCCAGCCAAACGUGCUGCACGUCGACGGUGUGUGUGAUGCGGCCGAUGUGCUGCGGGACAUCUGCGAGGCCAUGUGGGGGCGCAGUAAGGGCGGCGGGGGGAUCAAGAAUGAGGUGCAGUUUAUGUUUGAUCACGCUACCCUCGGCGGAGAGUUGCACAUGGGGGCGUUGCUACAUCUCAUUCUGGAGAAAUUCAGAAAGAAAAAGGGCAUCUGGUAGGUGCAGGGAGGGCAAGGAGAGAGGGAGACGGGAAAGGGAUCUCCCUCAUCGCAUCGAUGUGUGUCUCGCCCCUGCAGGUACGUGGUUGUCACGAAUGUGGACCAGUUGCCUCUCGGAAUGCUGGCUGACCUCACUCAAGACCCUCGCUCGAAGAUUGCAGUCAUUGGUACAGAUGCAUAGCAGAAAGACCGAUCGGGCGCUGCCUCUUUGCCACUGUACUCGCUGUCUCUUGUAGGCCUGGACACCAAUGGAUCACAUUCACCCAGCUAUAGCAGCAGCGCCUCUGAUGGUAUAGUCACUGAGCGACCCCUUGCAAAAAGCUGUCAUGUGCCGGCCUGUGUCUCUCUGGCUAUGCCUCAGAUCCGAAUGCCACGCCCAAGUAUGAAAUGCUCCACCUCGACGAGACCAAACAACUCACAAACCAGAAAACCCCCGGCCCUCCCGGGGCCCGACCGGAGAACAACACUGUCACACCCGCCGGCCUCGGAGCCAAGGUGAUCGACCUCGAGAUGUCCUUCCUGGGCAAUGACAUCAGCGAAGGUGCAGCGAAGAAGGCCAAGCAGAGAAACCUCACGGGCUCCAUUCGUGAGCCUCGCAAGCGUGUGUCCAAGAAGGUCGGGCCGUACAAGGAGGAGGAUGGCCUCUUUGUGAUGCGGAUGGCCAAGAUACGCAAGUAUGCGACGGCCUGUGGCCGGGCCUAUGAGUUGCGGGAGCGUCAGGGGGACAAUUUGGCGAUUGACAUUGACAAAGACGAGGCGGAAGACAAGGCAUUGUGAGCACACAGCCCCGAGACAUUCAUGAGUAUAUCUCCAUCUCUUUGUCGAUUCAGGUUUGCGUUGGUUGAUAGUCGAAAGAAGUACACGAGAUCGCCCAAGAGAUCUCGCAAACCAGUCGACGAGUGAGCCGUGAAGAGCUUUCGUCCAUGUACCAUGGCAUUCAUGCCUAAAUGUAUGUAUGUCUGUGGGUGUGCAGCUCACCAGUGGGCUUCAUAUACCAUGGCCCCAAGACGAAGAAAGGCGCAGGCUGCGCCGCCGCCAUGAACCCAAUCUCUCUGUGAGGACACACAAGGGGAGACAUGCGACAUGAGAGCAAAGAGACACCACCUUUGUGACGUUGUUGUGACGUGUCUCUACAGCGAUCGCGCGGGCACCUGGUCGACAGAGGAGGGCACCAACCGCAUGUCUGAUGGCUCUGGAUCGCUGCCGUAUUUCCCUCCGUACUAUGAAGAGAAGGGGAAGCCGCUCGAGCCCGAAACCAAAAACAAGCAGCACAACAAAGAAAAGUAAGCCUUAGGGAUGGAAAGGCAGCCUUUCACACGGUCAUCUGAAUUUCCUUCCCAGGAUAUCGCUGGCUGCCGAGCUGCGGAAGGUGCACAAGAGAGGGAAAGGGACGAAGGGCACCCUCCUUGUGCCAACUCCUGAGGCGCAGCACAUCAAAAGCAAGCCAACAAUGGAAGACGUCAAGUAGGGAACUGAUGAAUGCAGGGCCAAGAGGCAGGGAGAAGUGCCGUCUCUGUGCCUUCUUGGCCUGUGUGUGCAGCGUAUAUGCCCCUCUGGAUCUGCCGUCGGUCGCAAACAAGUAUCGUCAUCGGUUGUCGUCGCCUCCGUUCCCUGAGCAAGAGCCCGAUCCCUUCCAAAACGCACCAUCGCACCGUCAUGCCAACAACAGGACCCACCAGAUGAUCACCCGCGGUCGCAGGGCCAACGUCAGCAAGCGCUACCGCAGCCCCUCGCCAUCUUCCGUGCGUCAGCCGCCCAAGAAAGCGGUCCGGAGGGACGCACCCGCACGCAAACGCCGCAGCGGCCCUCACAUUGUCGAGAUGCCAAUGUUCGGUGGCCUUCCUGAGCCGGAUGGAGGCGCUCUUGCCCCUCUGUGGCAGGGCGAGAAGAAAUGGAAGGAGUGGCAUGCGAGACGUCUGGCCCGGGAAGCGAUGAAGCCAAAGGUGGUCGUGCUGCCCCAAGAUGUGGCGCUGAUUGAGAGCCUCAGACAGGACGAGCCCCUGCUGCGUGACCGGACCGCAGAUGUGGAAAGGAUCCGCAUUCGCUGCCGGUCGGUCAACACACACACACACGCACGCACGCACGCACGCACGCACAUACACACGCAUGGAUGGUGUCCCCCCCUCUCACACACAGGGCCCAGGGUAUCGAUGACGAGGAAGAGGAGGACAUUGCCAAGUAUGAGGCGGGACUCCCCAGCAUGAAGGACUGGCUCGGGGAGAACUGCAGACACAGCUGGAUGCGGCACUUGGUCGGUGAAUAUACCCCAUGAGCUAUCUGCUCACUGCACUGGGAAAGGGAUGCUCUUCAACACAUUUUUUCGUUUGACAGUUUUGUUUUUGACAAUCGAUCGGGGGAUGAUGUCGGCGAAUGAGCAAAGACUCUCAAAGCACUUGCUUUCAAUGCA